AAUCAUACUCAAAAUCUAAUUUGCUUUCUUCUCCUGCUUCAUCACUUUUGUCGAUACGUCGGAGGAUCAGGUCGGUCUUCUGUUGCUGCCGCCCUAAUCUCCUUUCCUUUCCUUUCUUCUUCUUCUUCUUCUCACUCGUGGCAGAAAUUCUCGUUAGUUUUGAGAUCCAUAACUCAACAACUUGGUUGGUUUGUUUGUUUGCUUCUUGGUAUAAGAUAAAGAGUGGAAAUGGAAAGAGGGUAUGUGAUGAUGAUGUUGGUAUGUGUGGUGAUGGUGGUGUUGGGUUGUUGGAGUGGUGAUGGUGUUGAAGGGCUUGGUGUGAACUGGGGAACCAUGGCCACCCAUAAGUUGCCUCCGGACACGGUUGUUCAGUUGCUCAAGGACAAUGGCAUUCAGAAGGUCAAGCUCUUCGACGCCGAGCAGUCCACCAUGAGUGCUCUGGCCGGCACUUCCAUCGAGGUCAUGGUUGCCAUUCCCAAUGAUCAACUUCAGGCUAUGACCAGCUAUCCCCGUGCCAAAGAAUGGGUUCGAAGGAACGUCACUCGCUACAAUUUCAAUGGUGGAGUUAACAUCAAGUAUGUAGCUGUUGGGAAUGAGCCUUUCCUCACAUCUUACAAUGGUUCGUUCCUGAAUAUCACCUUCCCUGCACUCCAGAACAUACAAAACGCCCUUAAUGAAGCUGGGGUUGGAGAUACUAUAAAGGCUACUGUUCCCUUGAAUGCUGAUGUCUACAACUCACCAGAAACCAAUCCCGUCCCAUCUGCAGGAACGUUCCGGAGUGAUAUUAGUCAACUGAUGACUGAGAUUGUCCAGUUCCUUGACAAAAAUAAGGCGCCUUUCACUAUAAAUAUUUACCCCUUCCUAAGUCUAUAUGGAAAUGAUGACUUCCCUUUCAAUUAUGCCUUCUUUGAUGGGGAUGCAACUCCCAUUGUCGACGCCACCACUGGGAUUCAGUACACCAAUGUUUUUGAUGCUAAUUUUGAUACCUUGGUUUCUUCAUUGAAAGCAGUCGGAUACGGGGAUAUGGCCAUUGUAGUAGGGGAAGUCGGAUGGCCAACAGACGGGGACAAGAAUGCCAAUGUUGGUAAUGCUUACAGAUUUUAUAAUGGGCUUCUAGCAAGACUUGCAGCCAAUAAAGGCACCCCUCUGCGGCCUGGUUUUAUAGAAAUAUACUUGUUUGGACUUAUUGAUGAGGAUGCAAAGAGCAUUGCCCCUGGAAGCUUUGAGCGUCAUUGGGGAAUUUUUAGUUAUGAUGGGCAGCCGAAGUUUCCAAUUGAUGUUUCUGGUCAGGGUCAAAACAAGUUACUAAUGGGUGCAAAGAAUGUGCAAUAUCUUGAAAAGAAAUGGUGUAUGUUCAAUCCAAACGCCAAAGAUCUGAGCAAACUUGCAGACAACAUAAACUACGCUUGCACAUUUGCAGAUUGCACAGCACUUGAAUACGGGUCUUCUUGCAACAUUUUGGAUGCUAAUGGGAAUGCGUCAUACGCAUUUAAUAUGUACUAUCAGGUUCAGAAUCAGGAUGAUCUAUCCUGCAACUUUGAGGGUUUGGCGACCGUGACAACACAGAACAUCUCACAAGGGACUUGCAAUUUCAUUAUUCAGAUAGCUUCUUCAUCCACAUUUUCUUUAAGACCCUCCCCCCUGGUAGGCAUAGUACUCGGUGUACUCUUCUCAAUACUGUUGCUAUAGAUGUUCGUAGAUAGCUCAGGUCAAGUGCAUUUUAGUAUAAUCCAAUUUUUGCAUUAUAAGAUGUGGCCUUCUGGGAGAAUUUGGGUGUUUUUUUUUAUGAUUUAUUCAAUAAAGUUUCACAGGAUAUAUUAUGCUCACAUCUUACAAGUUUUUGUACAGUAAUUUUUGGGACCAUACUGCGUAUAUGGCUUGUGUCCUGUGCAUCAGUAUGUGAUGUUUUUUUUUUUUUUUAAUUUGAAGCUAGUUUGAACCAUAAUGAAGUGUACGAUUGGUAGUGGGUUCCCAGAAUGGAAACUUCAUGUGCAUCUCAUCCUCUGCGCUACCAAGUUAUAUUG